AUGGGGGUCUCAAGAAGGCUACGCCUUCUCCCAAUGUGGGUUUUAGCCCUGGUCGUUGCCUCGGCAUCCGCUGCCGACCCGAUCGUCGACUUCAGCUUUUAUCCCGAGAAAGCCCAAGACUGCCUAUACUCGGCCGCCACAAGCUCUCAGUGCGAGUCGAAAACGGUGGACGCGACAAACUCGUGUUUUUGCCGAAAUGGAGGCGAUUUUAUCACAACAGCUGCCACAUGCAUUGGGAAGUCUGCACCCGGAGCUGUGUCGAAGACCUACGACACGAUGAGUGACGCGUGCAAGCUCUCGCAAACUCCCAUAACCAUUACCAAACAGGAGUUUAUAAGGGCCGCGAACGGGCCCUCCCCAACAGCGACCGCGACAACAUCAUCCGCUUCGAGCACAUCGACAACCCAAUCCUCAACCUCUACGAGCGCCAGCGCAACCACCACCGGCCCAGUCCCGACCACAUCGCGGCCGCCUUCAGAAGACAAUGGAGACAGUGGGGCUUUAUCCACCGGCGUUAUGGUCGGUAUCAUUGUCGGCGUAAUCGGAGGGUUGGCGAUGUUGGGCGCGGCGGUAUACCUCUUUUUUCGGCGCAGGAAGAAGCUGGGCGAGGAAUCACACCCCAUGCUCCCUCAACACCAAAACCAACACGAGCAACAACACCAAGCACACAACUCAAUGGCGCCGUCGGGGCAUGACUCCACCGCGAGCGCUUACUACAGCAGCCCUCCAACUACGGCGGGGUGGCCGAAGAAGGACUGGAGCACUUCGCCUGACCUGCGUGUGAGCGGGCGGACGAGUGAUUUUAAUUGGGAAUCUGCUUCGCAGUUAGCAUACCCCGGGUCGGCGGUUACCACAUCGCCGCCGCCGUUGCCGGUCCAGGAAUUGGACGCCUCUGAACCUCUUCCAGGGUCAACAGCGGCACCUGUCGAGAUGGGGGGAACACCAGUUGCGUCCACGCCGCCAGUGCCCAACACACAAUACAUUCAACCUUAUAACCCGUCCGGGCAGCAAUACUCUGGGCAGCAAUACCCAGCACCUGGGUGGGGUCAGCAAGGGAGGGAGUGA